AUGAAGUACGUUGUUGUUUCAGGCGGAGUGAUCUCGGGCAUCGGGAAGGGCGUGCUGGCGUCGUCGACGGGCAUGCUGUUGAAGACGCUCGGGCUGAAGGUUACGUCGAUCAAAAUCGACCCUUACAUGAACCUGGAUGCGGGCACGAUGUCGCCGCUUGAGCACGGUGAGUGUUUUGUGCUGAACGAUGGCGGAGAGACGGACCUGGACCUGGGAAACUACGAACGGUACCUGGGGGUGACGCUGACGAAGGACCACAAUAUCACGACCGGCAAGGUCUACUCGCACGUUAUGGCCAAGGAGCGCAAGGGUGACUACCUGGGCAAGACCGUGCAGGUGGUGCCCCACCUGACGAACGCGAUUCAGGACUGGUUAGAGCGUGUUGCGCGCAUCCCCGUUGACGACUCUGGAAUGGAGCCUGACGUGUGCAUCAUCGAGCUCGGAGGCACCGUGGGUGACAUCGAGUCCGCGCCGUUUGUGGAGGCGCUGCGUCAGUUCCAGUUCCGUGUAGGCCGCGACAACUUUGCUCUUAUCCACGUCUCUCUGGUCCCUGUGAUCCACGGCGAGCAGAAGACGAAGCCAACGCAGGCUGCCAUCAAGGACCUGCGCUCGCUAGGCCUGACCCCAGACAUGAUUGCCUGCCGGUGUUCGGAGGAGCUAGACAAGCCGACGAUCGAGAAGAUUGCUAUGUUUUGCCAUGUGGGGCCAGAGCAGGUGGUUAACGUGCACGAUGUCGCAUCCACCUACCACGUUCCCCUGCUGCUACUUGAACAGCGCAUGAUAGACUACCUGGGACAGAGGCUCAAGCUCUCGGAUAUUAAGCUUGGUGCGGAGGACAAGGAGAGGGGCGCUCGUCUGUUGGACCGUUGGAGACAUUUGACGACGGCCAUUGACGAGUCAUUUGAAGUGGUACAGAUCGCCUUGGUUGGAAAGUACACACACCUAAAGGACUCUUACCUUUCCGUCAUCAAAGCAUUGGAGCACUCUUCCAUGCGUUGUAAGCGCAAGCUAGAGAUCGUCUGGGUCGAGGCUUCUGAUCUUGAGCCUGAGAUGAGCGCCUCCGACAAGGAGAAGUUCCAGCAAGCGUGGAAGAGCCUAUCGUCUUCUGACGGUAUUCUUGUACCUGGUGGGUUUGGCACCAGAGGCACCGAGGGGAUGAUUCUCGCUGCGAAGUGGGCGCGGGAGAACAAGAUCCCAUAUCUGGGUGUCUGUCUCGGACUGCAGGUCGCGACUAUCGAGUUUGCCCGGCAUGUGCUUGGCAUCGCGGAUGCCACAUCGUCCGAGUUCUACCCAGAGGUGGCAGAGGAUAAGCAGGUCGUUGUGUACAUGCCUGAGAUAGACAAGCAAAAUAUGGGCGGUACCAUGAGACUCGGUCUCAGACCUACCAUCUUUCAGGAGGACACCGACUGGUCCAUUAUCAGAAAACUAUACGGCAGCGCCUCCUCUGUGGAGGAAAGACAUCGCCAUCGCUACGAGAUCAACCCAAAGAUGGUGCAGAAACUCGAGGAGCAUGGCUUGAAGUUCGUGGGCAGAGACGAGACCGGCACCCGGUGCGAGAUUCUCGAGCUCGUCGACCACCCCUACUACGUCGCCACGCAGUACCACCCAGAGUACAUGUCCAAGGUGCUAGACCCCUCGCAGCCCUUCCUCGGCCUUGUUGCUGCGGCCGCAAACAUCCUACCAAGCCUACUCGCUGCCGAGCGUGCCGUCGGCGCGAGAGCAGACUUCUAA